AUGACUAGUCUGCCUGCUAUUGUCCUGACUCUCCUUCAAGAACUAAACUCCUCAGAACUGCGCGAACAAUUAAGGAAUCUUGUUUUUGAAGAGCUCGAUUCCAACACAGGUCCAGGUCGACUAUCCCACACUCAGAAGCAAGACGUUAUCGAGGCUUUCUCUAGAUUGGAGGAGAACGACGUUAUCGCUCUUGGACACCAAGAUUCCGUUUGUCCUAUAUGUUUCACGUCUCUUCUAGCCCUGUUGUCAGAAGAGGAAACGGCCAUUGCUAUGGACUCACCUGCACACCCCACCGAGGAGCUUGGUGUCAUUCGUUUGUCAGAACCGUGGCAAUGUGGCCACAUUUUCUGUAAAAGAGAUAUUUCGAGAUGGGUUCUAGACGGGCACGAUUCCUGUCCUACCUGUAGGCGACCUUUGGUAAAGACCACCGACUCAGGUUCACAAACGGAUGCCACCCAAGCGGACACUGGCGGGGAUGCGCAUGAUGACCCUAACGGCGUUCUCAACAUACUCGAAGCUAUAUUGCGUAAUGGUGGAGUCGACGGAAGGUUCAUUCCAGAUACCGUACUUCCACGCAGGAGUCCACAUCUAAAUUAUCUAUCCAAUGAACACUCUGCCAUGUACUCCUAG